AUGAUAUGGGUUCAGGAAAGAGGAGAUACUGAGAAGGAAUCAGUCAGGGAGAUGGGUCAGCAUGAUGGUCUAGAAUUGGAACUGAGCUCCUUUGCUCAACCAUGGCCACAAAUGACUCCAUCUUUCAAGGACUGCUUAGGGUCUCUGUUUCUGAUGAAUGGGAAGACAUGUACCAUGUUAUUUUCCCUGUUUCCUUUGGAAGAAACUCUUAAAGGAUAUGAAUGGGAAGAUUACAAACCAAAGAGAAAUGUAGAAAUACGCUUCCAGGAGUCUAGGGCAAAAUUCUGGAAGACUCAAGAGGAUGCUCCUCAGCCUGAGUCAUAUUGGCGGUCCCAGCCUGGAGUCAGACAGCAGGAGAAAAUGCCUCUGCCUCAGGAUAUUUCUCCUGCAUCUCCUCUGCACGCAACCUUAUUUUUGCUGGUGACAAUGGAGCUCAUAACUGACAGCGAGUCCAGCUUGGACAGCAAAGCCCAAGAUGAAAUGGAGAAGGCUGAAAGUCCGGCAGAACCUCCAGCUCUGGAGGAAUGUUCAAAGCCCAAGACAUCUGAAUGGCUAGUGGCCCUGGAUAGUGGCUUCAGGUGCAUGGGCUGCUGUUGGGUCUUUUCCAGCUUAGAGGUCCUUCAGGAGCAUGUGGAACAUGGGGUCAAUGACAGCUUUAGCUGCCAUGCUUUCUGUCUUGCCUUGGCUUGGCUAAAGAGCAAGGGGAACAGGAAAGGGAAAAAGAAGAGGAGGAAGAAGAAGAAAAUCAAGAUGAUGACAUCCCGAUGCCAUAAAGAAGAAGAUUUUGGCAUGAAGCCAUCCUCAUGCAAAUAA